GUGCGGCUUCAGCCCCGGCACCUCUCUGCCCUCCCCGAGAGAAAGGCUGAGGCGGUGACCGCAGCAGCAGCAGCCAAGGACGGGCGUGUUUGGUGCCUGAUCCGGAUGAUCUGAAGGCGCCGGCUGCGGGAAGGAGGCCGGCCGGGACGGCAGCUCCGGAGCCCCGCUCACCCUGAUCGCUGCUGACCGGGCGAUGGAGACGACGAGCCCCGAAGGCGGCGUUUGGCCGGGCGCAGGAGCGCAGCUGCCCUAGGAGACUGGCCGCCCUCCCCGGGCGGGCCGCUCCAAGGCGCUCGCCUCUCCCGCUUCCUCCCGGCCGGGUAGCGGCGGCUCCACCUCUUCCUUCGCCUCCUCCCGGGUGAGGCGAUUCAUCCCGCGAUUAGGAGGCUCGGCUCGCCCGGGCGCCUCCUCCGAGCCAGCGGCCCCUCUGCGCCUUGGAGAGGCUCCCGGUCUCCCCCGGGUGCGGCCAGCCCGACGGAGAAGACCCUCCCCAGCGCCUCCAAGCCUCGAUUGCCUUCUUCCCCCCCCCUUGCUUGGCUGCUCUCUUCUCAGCCCCUCCUCUUGGAGUCUUCCAGGAUCCGGAUUCGAACCCGAAGUCUCUCCUGAGAGGACGCUGCCGCUCCUUUCCGCGCCGCGCGCAAAAAGUUCCCGGGAGCGGAAAACCGGCACGUGAGAAAGGGGGAGAACCGCGGCACGAUGACGCGUAGCGGCUGCUGGGAGGACUGGGCGGGCUGAGCUCGUCUGUCCCUCCCUCCCCGGGGAAAAAAUAUCCACGUUGGAUUUGUGUGUUGGUGUGGGAAGUGACUGAUGACACCGCGAUUCUGCCUCAUCUGGGGCGAGAGAGGCGCCCCCACAUCCAUCACGAGGAUCCGGUGAUGAGCUUCGGGAGAAUGCAAGAUGGCUGACCAGAGUAACAUCCAGUCGGCGGCUUCCAAGAGCAUCCGUCCCUUCCGGUCCAGUGAGGAGUAUCUCUAUGCCAUGAAGGAAGACCUAGCUGAGUGGCUCAACACCCUCUAUGACCUCGACGUCCAAGUGGAGAACUUCAUGGAUGCUCUGGAGACUGGCUACGACCUCUGCCAACACGCCAACAAUGUCAACCGCAUAGCUCUGGAGUUUCAGCAGUUACACCCAGAGGCGGCAGCUCGCAUGAGGCUCCCACAGAAGGAGGUGGUGUUCCAGGCCAAAAAUGUGAUGCCUGGCUCUUUCAUCGCCAGGGACAACAUCUCCAACUUCAUCCAGUGGUGCCGUCAAGAGCUGGGCAUCCAAGAUGUCCUGAUGUUUGAAACCAACGACCUGGUGCUGAAGAAGAACGAGAAGAACUUUGUCCUUUGUCUCCUGGAGGUGGCCAGGAAGGGCUCUAAGUUUGGGAUGCUGGCUCCCAUGCUCAUCCAGAUGGAGGAGGAGAUUGAGGAGGAGAUGAGGGAUCAGGUGUCCUACAGAGACUUGGAGAUGGAGGAGGCGAGCCAAGAUCUGGGGCCUGAGUCUCCCGUUUACCCAAGUAGAACCCAGAGGAUCACUUUAUGUGACCUCAAGAACCUAGAUGAGCUGGUAAGGGAGAUCUUGGGCCACUGCACCUGUCCUUCUCAGUUCCCCAUGGUCAAAGUCUCGGAGGGUAAAUACAAAGUGGGAGACUCCAACGCGCUGAUCUUUGUUCGAGUGCUGAGGAGCCACGUGAUGGUACGGGUGGGCGGUGGCUGGGACACGCUGGAGCACUAUCUGGACAAACAUGAUCCUUGCCGAUGUACCUCUUUCUCCCACCGUCUGACACAGGCCCGGGGACUCGGUUUCUCCCCCCAGAAGUCAGCAAGCCCGGGCAGCCCCCAAACUGGCAGCCCCAGCACCCAGCGCCGGGCUGAAGUGAUGAGCCUACACAAGCUCUCCGAACCCCUCCGUGCAGGGGAUAAGCGGCUCUCUGCUGGAGGGGACUUGAGUCACACCAAGGGGACCCAUCCUGGGUACCCGGCCAAGGGACUGGGAGACUCCAUCCCUCCAAGACAGGGGUCCGGCACCUCAUCAGCCGCCAGGCACAACGGGCUCCCUGCAAGGUCUGCUUCGUCUGGCCAGAGCUCCGCCAGCCCACUGAGGGGGUCCACAGCCCACCCUCCCCAGGACACCUGUGACUCACGUCUGUCCAACACCCUCAGGCUCCCCAGAGCUCGGCGUCUUUCCGGAGACAGUGAUUCCUCGGCUUCCUCCGUGCAAAGUGGCACCCUGGGAAGCAGCCUGGGUCUCAGGAAGGAGCCAACGAGGCGCCCUGGCGGAGGGGCAGGCCUGCAGACCCACCCCAGUCCAAAGAGGCAGCCGGCGAGCCGCAGUCAGUCACGAGACCGGGUGGGCUUGCCGCGGCCCUCGCCGGGGCCCAGGAGGACCGAGGUAGAAGAUCGGGGUCGUCCCCGGCUGUCCAACGGGCAUAGCAAGCUGGUGGUGCAGAGCCCACGCCCCAGGGCCCGCAGCCAGGGGCGGCCCACCAGGGAGCCUGUGCUAGUUAUCAGCCGAGGUAAGGACGGGCAGCACUCCUGGGCGCGAGCCGAAGAACCGAAACAGAAGCCAGGAGGCUCUGGAAGAAACACCCCCAGGACCAAGAGCCCAGCAAGGUGGGUUGCAGGAGCUCCAGUGGGGUCCAGGAGCCCGGCACUCUCCAAUCGCAGAGGAUCUCUCCCUGCCACGAAAACGACAGAGCCCCCCUCAGCUCCAGGCUCACAGAGGCAGCGGCAGCUACCUUUGACGGGACCAUGUGGGGCCCCGAGGCAGCCUUCAUCCAGGGAGAAUUGGCACUCCCGGCAGCCCUUGGACAGCUUGGGGCAGGAAUUGGAGGCCAUGGCCCACACCUUCCGGACGCCCUUGCGCCUGGACCCGAGCCAGGAGCAGCAGCUCUACCGGCGGCUGGAAGAAGAGUUUCUGGCCAACUCCCAAAUGAUGGGCUUAGAGGAGGACGGCGAGCAGCAGCAGGUGGAGCCUCUGGGCCGGGCCUGCGAUGGCCCUCGGCUCCUGCAAACCACCCCGGAUCAAGGGGCUGCCGACUCCGCCUAUUGCUCCUCCAGCUCGUCCUCCUCCUCCCUCAACUUCUUCAGCAAGCACGGCUUCCCAGCCGAGGUGAAGGACGAGCCCAAAAAGAACCCCGCCUCCCAGAGGCCCUGGGCCUCCGAAGCGGGCACCGUGAACCCCAACUUCCAUAACGGCUCUGCGGAUGUCUGCGACCUCUGGGACUCGCCCGUGGCUCUGGAGCGAGCCGCGCGGUGGAGGAAGCCGGCCCUGUCCAGCUCCUCGGACGAGAGCAACUACUACGUAGGCUUGAACGACCCUCAGGAGGUUCAGGAGGGGGUGGAACUCCCUGAGCCCCUGGUGGACAGCCCGUGGGGCGCUGUGGAGCUGGUGGCUGCCGAGGCAGACCUGGGCUCUUCGCCCCACGAGCCCCUCCAGGGAUCCCCGGGAGGCCCUCCCCCCGAGGAAGUCCUGCUCAGGCCAAAGUUGUCCCUGAAGAAACCCGACCGUGUGCCUUCCAUCUACAAGCUCAAGCUGCGUCCUCAGACCAAGCCCCGCACCGACUCCCAGCCAGACAAGGCACCCUCCAAGAUCCCCACUCCCCUCAGCUACAAGGCCGCGGGGCCUGCCUUGCCCAAGGACAGCCCUUCAAAUCACCCUUCAGAGCACAGGCCCUGGGCAGCCUUCCACAAUGUCCUCUUUGUGGAACCUCCCGAGGGCCCGGCAGAGUCGGGGGUGGACGAUGAGGGCACGUGGGCAUGAGAAGGGGUGCUGGAGAGCACUGCCCAUGCUCUCUGCCUGCCGGAUGCUGCAGCUGCGUCAGUUGCCCAUCCCUCCUCCCCGCUCUGCCUACGACUCAGUUCCUUUUGUGACCCUUGAUAUUGCUGCUGUUCCGAAAAGAUAUUUUUUGGGAAGGGGGGUGAAGGUAGGGGAUGCCUUUAAUGUCAAAGGCCGUCCUUUCCUUUUGGGUUUACUUUAAACCGAGGCUGCAGAGUGGCAUGGCUUUAUCGCAGCUUCAUUUUGUAUGGUGUGUGUGCGUGACAUGCUUUCAGGGGAAAGUCCUUGGACACUGGAGAAUGCAGAAGGAAACUUCUGAGAUGGCCUUGGCUUUGGAGCCAAUACUGACUCGCAUUGGCCUACCGUAGUCCAACUCUUCCAUUGGGUUUGUGCAUCUUCCCAACUCCCACCACCUCCCUUAGUCUUCCAAAUCGAGUAGCACUUUUGACCUCUCCACCUCGUGUUUGUCUCUUAUUUGACUGGCAAUUUCAGCUUGAUUUUGGGCCACCCUUUGGAGGCGUUUUGAGAAGGAAGCCUAGUGGUAUAAUGGAGACCCUUGCAGUCUUGCAAAUAGUGAUAAUUGGGGGGAGGUAGCAUUCACAGGAUGAGGGUUACAAACACACACAGAGAGACAGUGUGACUCCCCACUAUGCGAUGGCGUUUCCUUCAAGCUUCUAUUUUUGCAGAUUAUCUUUCUUUUUUGUUUUAACAAGUCACACUUUUGGAGAGCAAGGGUCUGGAUGAAGUCUUGCACAUGAAUUCCUCUUCAGCUGGACUCGCUCGGUCUCCUGGGAUCUGGGCCAAUGAGGUUCCCCGCUGGCCCUGCCGUGAUGUACUGCAGGUGUGUUUAAAUAAUCUAUGCAUAUUUAUAUAAAUAAAUGCGGAGCAGGUCUGCUCGUUUCCUGAGCGCUGCUUCCCGUAGAGUGCCCGCCUCCCGACCCCACGAAUGUAGCUAAUUGAACUGACUUAUGAGAUCUCGGAAUCCAGAAAGUAA